UUCAUGUCUGUCAUGCCCAUGGCCGAGCCAACCAACCUGAGCUUCCUCAACACUGCGCUGCUGAGCGGCUGCCCGAUCUGCGUCUGCGAGACUACUGACGCCGAGCUGUUUGCCACCCAGGCCUACCCUUUCAAGCCCACCUUCACCUACAUGAACACCACCAUCACCAGCGACUUCUUCCAGCUCUUCUACUCGCACAUUGAAAAGUACCCCAAGUUCGAGGCCAAUCUGUUCCACCGCGGCUACAAGUCCGUUGUCGACACCCUGAUGCGCGGCAUGCGCCCUAAGCGCAACUUUACCGACUUUGCCUACCUCCGCCACUACCGCAAUGUGAUCGGUGGCAAGCUGCGCCUGCUGUAUCUGUCCGCCGAUGUUCCCUCCAAGCAUGUCGAGUGGUUCCGCGCCCUGCACGGUGCCAACGUCAUCCCCAUGUUUGGCACUGCUCAGACCGCCGGUGUAGCCACCGCCGGAAUGUUCUACGAUUAUGCGUCGGCCAUCGAGAACCACAACGUCGGCGCCCCGCUAGCCUGCAACGAGAUCAAGCUGAUUGACACCAACCCCUUCACGGUUGAGGACAAGCCCAACCCGCGUGGCUCUGUCGCGAUCCGCGGCUCCAACGUCUCAGCGGCCCUGUGGAACGAGGACCCGGUUGCGCUCAACGACGGCUGGCUGACGCUGCCUGUUACCGCCGAGAUCCUCCCCAAUGGUACCUUUGAUAUCAUCGGCCCGCUGAGCACCAUUACCAAGUCGGACGCUGCCUCUGGCCUGGUCCUGGCCCAACCGCUUGAGCGCACGCUGCUGUCAACCAACGUGAUUACCUGAUGUCUGCGUGUUUGCUGAUUCCAAGUCGCGCAAGGUCUCGGUAGUUGCGCACCCACGCCCGAUGGCCCUGUACCGCGUCGCCCACAUGAAGAAGAAGACGUACAAGAUGAAGCAAAUCCAGGAUUACCCGUGGUGUGCUGAGUAUGUGCGCGCUGAGCUGCUCAAGGUCGCUGCCAGUAAGGGCUUUACGUGGGCUGCGGAGCUGGGCGAUAGCUUUGUAGUCAAGCUGGUUUCGGAGCCUUUCUCGCUCAAAAACCAGCUGGCGUUUGCUGAUGGUACUGUCAACCGCGCUGCCGUCAAGAAGCUGCUGGAGGCAUAAGUAACUGUAUUCGAAAUUGUGCAGUUUAAUUUCUAACAUGUAUUUGAAGCAUC